GUGGGCGGGACGGCCCGAGCGAAGGAGUCGCAUCCAAGAUGGCGCCGUGCGGACGUGUCGGGGCCCGGGGCCGCCGCGGCCCGGGCCCUCUGCUCCUCCUGUUUCUCGUGGCCCUCGGGCCGGCGCUGGCUCAGCCGGCCGGGGCCGCCGCCUUCCCGCCGCAGGGGCAGCCGCAGGGGCAGCCGGGACUGGGGGCCCAGCCGCAGGGGCAGCAGCAGCAGCAGCAGGCGCCUCAACUCGGGCCGGCCGUGGGCGGCGGGCGGGUAUCCCGCGCUGGCUCCUCCGGUGGCGGCUGGAAGCUGGCGGAAGAGCCGGUGUGCCGCGAAGACGUGAUGCGCGUCUGCCCCAAGCACAGCUGGGCCAACAACCUGGCCGUCCUCGAGUGCCUGCAGGACGUGCGCGAGCCGGAUAACGAAAUCUCUUCUGACUGCAACCACCUGUUGUGGAACUAUAAAUUGAACCUGACUACAGAUCCAAAAUUUGAAUCGGUGGCUAGAGAAGUUUGCAAAUCCACUAUAUCAGAGAUCAAAGAGUGUGCUGAUGAACCAGUUGGAAAAGGGUAUUUGGUAUCCUGCUUGGUGGAGCACAGAGGAAACAUCACUGAAUACCAGUGUCACCAGUACAUCACCAAAAUGACAGCCAUAAUUUUCAGCGAUUACCGCCUGAUCUGUGGAUUUAUGGAUCACUGCAGGUCUGAUAUUAACCUCCUGAAGUGUGGCAGUAUUCGACCAGGAGAAAAGGAUGCCCAUUCUCAAGGGGAAGUGGUAGCCUGCCUGGAGAAAGGGCUGGUAAAAGUGGCAGAGGAUAACGAGCAUCGUAUCAAAGUCUCGGAGUCAUGCAUGAAGGCGAUUCUCCGAGUGGCGGAGCUGUCAUCGGAUGAUUUCCACCUGGACCGGCAUCUCUAUUUUGCUUGCCGAGAUGAUCGGGAACACUUUUGUGAAACUACUCAAGCAGGCGAAGGCAGGGUAUACAAGUGUCUAUUUAACCACAAGUUUGAAGAUGCUAUGAGUGAAAAGUGUCGGGAUGCAUUGACAACUCGGCAAAAGUUGAUUGCCCAGGAUUACAAAGUCAGCUACUCCUUGGCAAAAUCCUGCAAAAGCGAUCUGAAGAAGUACCGUUGCAAUGUUGAGAAUCUGCCUCGUACCCGGGAAGCCCGUCUCUCUUACCUGCUCAUGUGUCUCGAAUCUGCUGUGCACAGAGGCCGGCAGGUAAGCAGCGAAUGCCAGGGAGAAAUGCUGGACUACAGGCGGAUGCUGAUGGAGGACUUCUCUCUGAGCCCAGAAAUCAUCCUCGGCUGCCGCACUGAGAUUGAGCACCAUUGCUCGGGGCUGCAUCGAAAGGGCCGCACUCUGCACUGCCUGAUGAAAGUGGUUCGGGGAGAGAAAGGCAACUUGGGGGACAGCUGCCAACAUUCACUUCAGACUCUGAUCCAGGAGGUGGACCCUGUGGCGGAUUAUCGCAUCGAUCGAGCUUUAAACGAAGCCUGUGAGUCGGUGAUACAAACAGCCUGCAAGCACAUCCGUGCCGGAGAUCCCAUGAUUCUUUCUUGCCUCAUGGAGCACUUGUACACAGAGAAGAUGGUGGAGGAUUGUGAACACCGGCUCUUAGAGCUUCAGUACUUUAUUUCACGGGAUUGGAAGUUGGAUUCUGUCCUCUACCGUAAGUGCCAAGGAGAUGCCUCUCGACUUUGUCACACCCAUGGUUGGAAUGAAACAAGUGAGAUUAUCCCUCCUGGAGCAGUCUUCUCCUGCCUCUACAGACAUGCUUAUCGCACAGAAGAGCAGGGAAGAAGGUUAUCGCGAGAAUGCAGAGCGGAAGUACAGCGAAUUCUGCAUCAGCGCGCUUUGGAUGUGAAAUUGGAUCCAGCCCUCCAAGACAAGUGCAUGAUAGAUUUGGGGAAGUGGUGCAGUGAGAAAACUGAAACUGGACAGGAACUUGAAUGUCUACAGGACCAUCUGGAUGAUCUGGUAACUGAAUGCAGAGAGGUUGUUGGAAACCUUACAGAGCUGGAAUCUGAGGAUAUCCAGAUAGAAGCUUUGCUGAUGCGAGCAUGUGAACCCAUCAUCCAGACCUUCUGCCAUGAAAUGGCAGACAACCAAAUUGACUCAGGAGACCUCAUGGAGUGUCUCGUUCAGAAUAAGCAUCAGAAGGAGAUGAAUGAGAAGUGUGCAGUUGGAGUUACGCAUUUCCAGCUAAUCCAAAUGAAGGAUUUCAGGUUCUCCUACAAAUUUAAAAUGGCCUGCAAGGAAGAUGUGCUGAAGUUGUGUCCGAACAUCAAGAAAAAGGUGGACGUGGUGAUCUGCCUGAGCACUACGGUGCGCAACGAUACCCUGCAGGAUGCCAAAGAGCACCGGGUCUCUGUGAAAUGCCGUAAGCAGCUGCGGGUGGAGGAGCUGGAAAUGACUGAAGAUAUCCGUCUGGAACCAGAUCUUCAUGAAGCAUGUAAAACUGACAUUAAGAACUACUGCCAGAAUGUUCCCUACGGCAAUGCCCAGAUCAUUGAAUGUUUGAAAGAAAACAAGAAACAGCUGAGCAGCCGCUGCCACCAAAAAGUCUUCAAACUCCAAGAGACAGAGAUGAUGGAUCCAGAGCUGGAUUACACCCUCAUGCGGGUCUGCAAACAGAUGAUCAAGAGGUUCUGCCCAGAAGCAGACGCAAAGAAUAUGCUGCAGUGCUUGAAGCAGAACAAAAACAGCGAGGUGAUGGAUCCCAAAUGCAAGCAGAUGAUCACAAAGCGCCAGAUUACUCAGAACACAGAUUACCGUCUGAAUCCAGUGCUCAGGAAGGCAUGCAAAGCAGACAUUCCCAAAUUCUGCCAGAGCAUUCUGAGUAAAGCCAAGGAGGAGUCGGAGCUGGAAGGGCAGGUCAUAUCCUGCCUGAAGCUGAAAUACGCAGACCAGCGUCUUUCUUCAGACUGCGAGGAUCAGAUUCGAGUGAUCAUUGAGGAAUCUGCUCUGGAUUACCGGUUAGAUCCUCAGUUGCAAAUGCACUGCUCAGAAGAGAUUUUUACCUUGUGUGCAGAAGAGGCCGCAGCCCAGGAGCAGACAGGGCAGGUGGAGGAGUGUCUGAAAGUGAAUUUGCUCAAAAUUAAAGCAGAGAUGUGCAAGAAGGAGGUGCUGAACAUGCUGAAGGAAAGCAAGGCUGACAUUUUUGUGGAUCCUGUCCUUCAUACAGCCUGUGCGCUGGACAUCAAACACCACUGUGCCGCCAUCACUCCAGGAAGAGGCCGGCAGAUGUCCUGCCUCAUGGAGGCUCUGGAGGACAAGCGGGUACGGCUACAGCCAGAAUGCAAAAAACGCCUUAAUGACCGAAUCGAAAUGUGGAGCUUUGCUGCAAAGGUGGCCCCGGCAGAAGGCUUUUCAGACCUUGCCAUGCAAGUGGUGACAUCUCCAUCCAAGAACUACAUCCUGUCGGUGAUCAGUGCAGGCAUCUGUGUCCUGUUCCUGAUUGGUCUGAUGUGCGGGCGUAUCACUAAGCGAGUGACACGAGAACUGAAGGACAGAUCCAAAUAUUGGAUUUUAAACGAACACCCACCCCACACCCACACACCAAACAACUUGGAAUGGCAUAGCUAGGUUAUGUCAGUGCCCUUCUUGCAGCUUUGAAAAGCAGCCAUUGGAGACAUGGUAAAGGAUUUUAAAAAAUAACAACACAAAACAGCAAAUGUUGGCUGAUCUUGGGUUCUUUUUAAAAAUGUAAUAUUGAUUUUUUUUUUGUAAAUUGUUUUUUUUUUCCUUAUCUAUGUACAAAUUCUUGGCCAUUCUUUGUUUUUACAUGUUCAUGCUGUGUAAUUUUGAAUUGUUAACUGAAAUACUGAACAUAAUGUGCAUUUUUCUGUACAGAUGAAACGGAUGAAUUUAAUAAAAAAGAGUCUGCAGGUU